UUCAUAUCAUAUACUUCCGUUUCCGGUACUGCCAAUUUCCAAACAUUUCAUUUGCAAUGCUUUUUGUUUGUGUCCACUUGAAAUAGUAUGUCAGACGUUGGGUCAUUAGCUGAGGCAUCUAGAAAAAGGAAACAAAGACUAAAAAAUCUUAAGGGCAAGCAACAUACAACAGAACCUGAAGUUGCUGAUUCAGAAUUAUCGGAAAAGUUACCAAAACCAGUAUUUAGAAGCUAUAGACCACAUGACGAAAACCUGAAGGAAUCAUUAUUGCCAACAACAAAACCUGAAGAUGUGACAGUCAAGGUCAAAGAUCAGCUUGAAGCUACGAAGAUUAAAGAUGUUGUUGAGGAAGUGGAUUUGAUGAAUCUGGCACCUAGGAAACCAGACUGGGAUCUUAAAAGAGACAUUGCAAAGAAGUUAGAAAAAUUGGAGAGAAGAACCCAAAGAGCUAUUGCUGAAUUGAUAAGAGACAGAUUACAGAACUCUGACCAGGAUCUAGCUCUAGUUGUCAAUGCAGGGGAAGCUAUUGCUAGAACUGAAGAAGAUGAAGAUGAUUGACGACUGAUGUGGUGUACAGAUAAUGGUACUGGUUACUGUACUUCAUAAAUGAAGGAAAUGAUAAGAUUAUUCUAAUUUACUGAACAACUGACUGUAUCAGUUAAUGUGUAAAUACUGUAAAGAUUGACAUUUCUUAUGUAUGGAUGUCUUAAAGAUUACUGGAAUAUAAAGAGGAUGAAUAAAGUAAAUAAAAUGUAAAAAAAGUCUUA